AUGGUAUGGCUAUCUAACAAACUGGCUUUAUCUAACAUCUUCAUAUCAAUACGUAAAUAUACCACUAAAAACAAAUAUUUUGCAAUGUCUCAUAGCAUAAACACUACUGUUGCUGAACAGCAAAAUGAUAUGUACUUUGGAUCAGAAGUGAUUAAUCGAGUUUCAUUUUUAAGAGGAGAUCUGGAUUUCAUUACCAAUGCAGCCAUUCAUCCAAGUGCAAGAUUCAUAGCCUUUUAUAAGACUGAUCCACUUAUCAAUAAACUGGCUGCCAAUAAACUUGCCAUCUUUGUGAAUGGUGACGAGCAACUUAAAGAUUCCCAGGGGUUAUGGAAUCUGUCUUUGUGGAGAAACACCAUCCAACAAUGGUGUCAGGAUAAUAAGGAGCAAUCCAAGACCACUAGGAGUGGUGAAAAACCGGUGGUUUUGUUCAUGGGGUUGGAAGAUGAAAGUGUUGGAUUGAAUCUACUGCAAUUGAAAGCUGGUGAAAAGGAUGAUACAACCACGGAACAACAAGAAAGAUUUUUAGAUCAUCAAGGUAGAUACCAAGGGAUCCCAUAUUUUGCCAUUGAUUUGACCAAUGCCUCCAAGGAAUUGAUUGAAUUUUUCAAGGAGAAUGUGGUUGAAGGUAAUCCUUCCAAAGAAGAUGUUUUCUUUACAAGAUCAAGGAAACAUUAUCUUGGAUUCACCAAUAAGGAGGCUGCUUUAUAUUCACAUGGGAAAAUGUUUAUGGAUUGGUUGAGUAGAAAUCAUUUCUGCCCUGGGUGUGGUACUCUUGUGGUUCCAAUCCAUGCUGGAGGGAAAUUGAAGUGUACCAAUGAAAAGACAAUUCAAAAGAAAACCGUGGCAAAAGAAGGUGAAGAGCAAGAAAUUGAAAUCGAAAUCCCUGCAUGUCCAGUGAAACAAACAUCUGUUUCAAAUGUUUCAUUCCCAAGAACAGAUGCUGUGAUCAUCACUGCAAUUACCAAUACUGACCGGACAAAGGUUCUUCUUUCUCUUUCCAAGAGACAUGCAGCCACAAGAAUGUAUGCAUGUACUGCUGGGUUUAUGGAACCUUCUGAAACAGUUGAAGUGGCUACUAAGAGAGAAAUCUGGGAAGAAACAGGGGUGGUUUGCUCCAAAAUCAACAUUGUGAUGACACAACCAUGGCCAUUCCCUGGGAAUCUCAUGAUUGGAUGUCUUGGUGUGGUAGACUUUAACGGCAUCAAUGAAAACAUACAUUUAGGCCAUGAUAGAGAAUUGGCCGACGCUAGAUGGUUUGAUACGGAAACCAUUCGUAAAUGGAUAUAUGAUAGUCCAAAAGUUGAUAAUCCAGAAGAGAUUUUGUUACCUAAUCCGGAAUCGAUUGCAUUCCUGCUUAUUAAAAUGGCUGUUGACCAAAGACAACAGAAGUUAUAG